UAUUGGAGAAAGGAGCCCUAAGCCAUAAACAGGAAUAUGACUUCGCCAGAUCCAAUUCGGUUGGCUUUCUUUAAGACUCCCUGGCCCACCCUUGGGGUGCUGGCAGCCUACCUUCUGUUCGUCCUGAAGGUGGGUCCCAAGCUCAUGGACCGUCGACAGCCCUUUGAACUGCGCGGUGUGAUCAAGGCUUAUAACAUCAUACAAAUCGUGUACAAUAGUGCGUUGUUCGUAUACGUCUGCUACGUCGUCUUUAGUUUCUACGACUUGAGGUGCCCCAUAACCUUGCCCUUGGGCCAUAAGGGCAAGGAUUUAGAGCGACUUUUCGCCAACGCGUACUACAUCAACAAGCUCAUUGAUCUGGUGGAAACGGUGUUCUUUGUGCUGCGCAAGAAGAGCAAACAGAUAUCCUUUCUGCACGUCUUCCACCAUGUGUCUGUGAUCCUGGCCUGUUACCUCCUCCAGACUCUGCAUGGUCACGGCGGCAUUGGGGCCUGGAUGGUUAUCCUUAAUUUGAUUGUACACGCGUGUAUGUACACUUAUUACCUUCUGUCCUCCAUUAGCCCGGGAGUGCAAAAGGCGAGUCUGUGGUGGAAGAAGUACAUCACCAUCAUCCAGCUCAUUCAGUUCGCUUUAGUUAUGCUCCAUAUGAUCGACAUGAUUAUGCAGAGCGAUUGCAGAGCUCCACGACCAGGGAUCUAUGCCUUUGGAUUCCUAUAUGGGGCCUUGACUGUGAUGUUCUCCAAGUUCUACUAUCAGUCGUACAUAAAUCCCAGCCGGAAGAAGGCAAAGGGGUCCUUAUAAGCCUCUACAUUUUUGUAUUCAAACGAAACGAAAUUAACCCACUUGUAACAUAAUUCAAGAUUCUACGUUCUUUUUAAUAGCAUAAUUAUUUCAUUUAAUUUCUUCCAUUUUUGUGGAAUUAAGCCCAAAAAGAAAAUAAGAAAGCUAUGCAUAAUACGAUAUUAGAUCGGAUGUAAGUAUCGUCAGUUUAAUUGUGCAAUAAGAAUGGUUUAUAAAUAUUACAUUAAAUUAACAUAUUAAACUUU